CCGGAACCACGGUCCUGUCUGUCCGUCUUUAGCCGCUCGUGCCUGCUCGAUUAAGGGGCGUGUGCGCACUCCCGACACACCAGGAAAUAUGGCGGCGCUUAUGACGCUCAGUCAGCUAUCAAGUGGAGUCCCAGCUUAUGAGAGCUAUUAUAGACAGCUGGAUCCAGGAAACACAGGCAAAAUAUCGGCUGGAGAUGCAGCUCAGUUCCUUAAGAAGUCUGGGCUGUCAGACAGUACAUUGGGGAAGAUUUGGGAUUUGGCAGAUUCAGAAAGAAAAGGCUAUUUGGACAAGCGGGGUUUCUUCAUAGCUUUGAGACUGGUGGCCUCAGCACAGGGCGGAAAUGAUAUCAGCCUCAAUAACCUCAACCAAAACUUAGCUGCGCCCAAAUUUAAAGACACUAACAGUCCAUUACUAAGUGUUUCAGUGACAGGAACUGAUUCACAGUGGGCAAUUAGGCCUGAUGAAAAAGGGAAGUUUGAAGGCAUUUUUGAGAGUUUGUCCCCUGUAAAUGGCCUCCUCCCUGGUGAAAAAGUCAGGCCAAUUUUGAUCAACUCCAAGCUACCUCUGGAUGUGUUAGGAAAGAUUUGGGACCUAAGUGAUGUAGACAAAGAUGGAAACCUGGAUAAGGAUGAAUUCACAGUGGCCAUGCAUCUUGUGUAUCGUGCCAUGGAAAAUGAGCCUGUCCCAACUACCUUACCCACUUCCCUCAUCCCCCCUUCUAAAAGGAAGAAGUCUGCAGGUGCUCUGCCAGGUGCUGUGGCUGUGCUGCCUGUUCUUUCUGGGCUGACGGCUGGCCCAGCUCCCUUGAAAGAGUCCCUGCGAAGCACUCCUCCUGUGAGCAGCACUCUUCACCUAAGUACUUCCCCAGUACUUCCUACCAGUACUGUCAACCUCUCUCCAAAACACUCCUUUAAAUCCAGCUCACCGCCAGCGGUUAACUGGGUGGUACCGGUGGCUGACAGGGAGAGAUACGAUGACAUCUUCAAGAAAACAGACUCUGACAACGAUGGCCUCGUUAAUGGAACUGAGGUCAUAGAGAUCUUCAUGAUGUCCAGUCUCUCCCAGACUAUGCUGGCACAGAUAUGGGGACUCGCUGACACUAAACAGACGGGCAAGCUGACCCGGGAGCAGUUCUCUCUUGCAAUGUAUCUGAUCCAGCAGAAGGCCACUAAAGGCAUAGACCCUCCGUCAGCUCUAACCCCAGACAUGAUUCCCCCAUCAGAAAGGACUGCAGCUUCAGCAGCUGGCACCGACAGCACCACCUCCACGGGGUCGGCCGAGCUGACAGGCAUCAAAGAGCUGGAUGACCUCAGCCAGGAAAUAGCUCAGCUGCAGAGAGAGAAAUUCAUUCUGGAGCACGAGAUCAGGGAAAAGGAGGAAGCCAUCAGACAGCAAAAUAGUGAACUCCAGGAAAUGCAGAAUGGCUUGGACAGGGAGAGCAGCAGCCUGCAGGACCUGGAGUCGCAGAAGCAAGAUGCCCAGGAACGUCUAGAGGAGAUGGACCAGCAGCGCUCCAAGCUGGAGGGAAUGCUCAACGAUAUCAAGAUGAAGUGCCAGGAAGAGUCCCAGAUGAUCUCGUCCCUGCAGAGCCAGAUCCGCUCUCAGGAGACCGACCUCCGGAGCCAGGAGGAUGAACUGAGCCGCACCAAGGUGGACCUGAGCCGACUGCAGGAGGAGGAGGCCCAGUUGGAGCAGAGCCUGCUCUCUGGUCGUGUCCAGCUGGACAGCAUCAUUAAGUCGCUCAAAACUACUCAGGAAGAGAUCAACCAGGCUCGCAGUAAGCUGUCACUGAUCCAGGACAGCCAAAAGGAGAUGACCAAGACCAUUGAGCAGUACAACAACACUUUGAGUGACAUCAAUGGAGGAAGCUUCAGUAACCUGUCGGACUUAAAUGAAGGGUUUGCUGAGAAGGAAAACGGAGGUUUCAGAAGUGCGGGUGAUUCUUUCAAGUCAAAGAUGGCCAUGUUCAACAACAGCAGUGUAAAGGGGCCUACAGCAGACCCCUUCCAGACAGAGGACCCCUUCAAGUCCGACCCCUUCAAAGAUCCAUUUGGAGAAGAUCCUUUCAAGGAAAGUGACCCCUUCAAAGGCACCUCAUCUGAAGAUUUUUUUAAGAGAACAGACAAGCCAGACCGGUUUGGAUCCUCAGACCCCUUCGGUAGAAGACCCACACCGCCAGCAAAACCAAGUGCCUUCAGCAGUGGUGACGCUUUCACAUCAAACAGCUCAAAACCAAAGGAUUCAGAUGUGUUUGGGACAGCGGACCCCUUUGGAAGCAACUCUUUUGGAAGCAAGGGGGGUGGAUUUGCUGACUUUAGUCGGAUGUCAAAGAAGUCAGACAACCCAGUGCUCCCAUCAAAGAAAAAUGUGCCUAACCGGCCUGCACCUCCCUAUGGAUCUGAAAAAAUCAAGUUUGGAAGUGAGAUCCAGCAGCUGGAGUGGGCCAAGCGUGAGAGCGAGCGUGAGGAGCAGGAGAGGUUGAGGAGGCUGCGGCUCCAGGAGCAGCAGGACCUGGAGCUCGCCAUCGCUCUCAGCAGGGCCAACAUGCCCGGCUCGUGACCAGGCAUGUCCCCACCACAGCUACAUCCUCCUGCCAUACAGUCCUCCGUACACAAGCUCACGACAACAGCACCAAGACUGGCCCAACAUGACUAGCAGCCCCUGUUACCAAUUUGUGUAAGAGACCAGUGUUUCUCCAGCCAUAACUGGACUCGUGUCAAAUGACUCCACAUUUAGCAAGCAGUUAAGGUCCAUUGCUCCCAAACUACAUGGCAACUAGAAUCAGGGACAAUACGGAACCUGGCUUCGUCCUGCAAGAACAUAGCGGUUUAACGCAACCAGCAGGGUACUUGAUGACAACCUACAUCUAACUCCAUAUGUUGUUAUGGAUAAUCACCCUGAUCCAUCCAAAAGCCUUACUGUUGCAAGAAAAAAUAAUCUUUUAAGAAUAUUUUACUGUUUAUUUAUAUGCUUAAGCAAUGACUCUGUGGUGUAUGAAGUACUUGUAAAAUGCGGUGUAUAAACUGUUUUACAUACCCUUUAAUUACUCAUAUUGAAAUUCAAAUCAUAUUUGCUAACUACUGUUGGCCUUUGAUUGAGUUUGUCCAAUUUCAUUUAUUAUUAUUUAAAACAAAACUCCUUCAUGUAUUGUAAAUAUUGUUAGAUGAUGGUUUUAUGUACAAACCUUGGAAGAGCAGAGUCCGCCUUUAAAAAAACCCAAAUCUGUCUUAAAGGACUUGAGCUCAGUGAUCAGAUAAUAAUGGCAUGAUUUAGAUUUUUAUUUCAAAUGUUAGAAAUGUUUCUGGCCAUUUAUGCCUGCAUAACGAUAAUGGCCUUCAAGUACAGGGAUUGAAGAGGUAUUUGAAUAUAAUCACACCCUCGAGGGAUCUACAUGUCAAGGUAAAAAUAUGAUGUUUUGGGAAUCUCUCAUAAGGAUUUUAGUCCUGAUUUAGCAUUGGUUAAAAAUAUGAUUUGGUCCCGUAUCAUCGGUUGCCUCUUAAUAUAAAUAUUCAGAUGCUAGCGAUAAUCAUUGAGGUCUUCCUUUCUUUGAAAAAAGUUUACUCCACCUGGAGCACUGUUGCAUCAACAGCUCAUGUUUAUCAUUGGGUGACUUGUUGUAACGCCCAAACAACUUGCACUCCCAUACAACUAAAAGCCUCCUAUAAAAUGGAAAUAGUAUAAACCUACAUUGUUUAUACUGGUGCUGUUACACUUAGCUUUGUCCUUUUUACUUGUUCACACUACCACUGAUGCACAGUGACAUCUGCUUGCAACUUUGUACUUUUCUCUUAACACUGAAAGUGUAUUUCUGUUCAUUAAUGUCUUAUGAUCCGGUCAAAAGGACAAAACGCCUUAAAAUAUUGCUUGCUAAUUAUAGAACACUAAUGGGGUUUAUUUGGCACAUAAUGUAUGCACUGUGCAUUCCAGAGUUUCCUGGACAUGUACAGAGCGACAGCGCCUUAUUUAUCAACAUAUCAACAUUGUAACAUGUAAUAUUGCAAAGUAUAUAUGUGAUUAUAAAAGAAUCUGAAGAGUUUUGAGUUACUCAAAAGUGUAAUAACUUUUAAUUGAAUAAAAGUGAUUUUUAACAUUU